CAGGUUAUUCGUUAGUUAUUGUCAUAUAUGAUGCCUAAUUAUAAUUUUAAUAAUGUUUGAAAAGUCUUUAAAACACUUACGCAAGACGCAUCCAGAGGAAUCAGGGAUUUUGGAAGAUUUGGACAAACUAGAGGCAAAACUCAAUUCUUUAAUAUCGGAACAACAAAAUUGCCUUUUAUAUGAUCCAAAAUGUAUCAAUAGUAAUGUAAGGAUCCAAAUUUACAAUACGUAUUCCGAUCAGGACCCUAAACCUGUAAACUAUCUGUUUACUCAUGUACCUCCUUCCACCUACACACUGUAUAUUAAGGCAUAUGAACUGGAUAACAAUAAAAAUAUCAUUGAAAACCAGGAAUCGCAUGUGUUAAGCAAAUUUUUUCGUUUGAUAAUGUUUGAUACACCCUCGGGUGUUAUUGUUUGGGAUAGAGAUGAACUAGAGGCUCAAACAAAACUAUACUUCCAUACUGAUAGGCAUCAAUCCAUUAAUGAAGCUGUGAACCGCAAAAAUAAGACAAAUAACGAUGGAAAUUCUCAAAUUCCUGCUAAUGACAAUGUUCAUAUACAUUCCUACAAUGGUUACGACGAACUCCAUAUUAAUAGAUUAGGAUAUUCUGAAUGUGAUGUAACUAUAUAUUUCUUUCCCACGCAAGUUGUACCGGUGUUCUCUUUGUCAAAGACUUUACACGAUUUUAUUCUUUCAUCCAUUGGAAAUACAGGCGUAGCAAAUAUGCUCCAACAGGCUACCUUGGCCAUGGUUACUAGAUCGAUAUGGGUUUAUGCAUUCAAAAAUAGGCUCUUUGUAGAAUCUGGAGAUACAGAAACUUGUAUGAUUCUGGAUGACAAGCUAAUGAAUUUGUUCAAUACGAAUGUCGAUCGCAUCAGAAUAAGCGAAUUACCUCUACUACUACAGCCACAUUUGUAUCCUCCGAGGCCAAUAAAGAUAGUUCAUAAAAUUAAAUUAACAGGGAAACCCUCAGAUAACGAACAGAUUGUUGACCUUACGCUGGAGUCAUGUUUUCCGUAUUCAUUCAAGAAACCGGACAUUAAUACGGAAUUUGACACUCAAAUUACCGCUCUUGAGAAUGAAGUUAUCGAAUUACUGCACCUAAAGAACUUUUACACUUGUUUUUCCGAGGAUCCACACCGGUUCAUAAACAACAUGAUGACAAACAAGAACCCUCACAAUUCCAAACCAUUUACACCUGAUCAGUUGUUUAACUUAAAAGAAGGGUUUGACGAGCACUGGGUACACUACGCAAUGGAUAAUUAUAUGGAUUGCAACAACAAAUCUAUCCAGGAACUUGUAUACAAGAUUUUCGAUAAGACGCCACUGAGCGACUUUCUGACUAAAAAGUAA